UUUUUUUUUUGUGUGUGUGUGUGUGUGUGUGUGUGUGUGUGUGUGUAAAAGCCCCCAAGAUAGCCAAUUCCCCCAACCCUUAGCUGAUACUGCCCUUGUAGCUUUCUCCUGUGAUAAGGAACAAGCUGUGCUAAGAACCGAAAGCCCAUUUCUGGUUCCAUGAUGGAAUGAAGAGAACUCCCAGGAGAACGAUGGCAGCCUGUCCUAGUGGGUCAGAAGGCGAAGGCAGCCCUCCCCUAAGCAGUCUACGUUCAGGAACAACACUAGAGCUGGUGCCCAGGAAAGAGGUGGGGCAGCCACUGUUGGAGCAAGGUGUGUAUUCUCCAGAGGUGAUAUUAGAAGGAAAAAGAACAACUUAGCUGGCAGAAAGGUAAGUACUGCCUUAACGUGACCUACAGUCUGACAGACUAGGAACCUGAACUAGUUUCUGUGGGUGAACUAACUGAAGUUUUUCACCCUAUAAAAAGCAUAGGCUGCUGGUCAAGAUGUCCCUUGCCCAUUGGUUUUUUGCACUGAACAAUUUGGGGCACAAGUCUAAACUAGAGCCCCAAGGUUAAGUGUACCAUGGGACAGACUCCGUCAACAGGGGAUGUCUGACUGGUCUGUUUCCAGAAGGGCGUUCCUGCAGGCUGGCCCACCUGCCAACACUUCACAUUUCUUCUUAGGUCAGAGUCAGCUGCUGCCCUGUGCCCACCCAUAUGGAGAGCCCCUCCCACACAUGUUCCUUGCACUCUUUUGGCUGGAAGGACACUGCAUGCUUCUCAGUCUUUUACUCCUUAGGUUCUGAUCUGACCAUAUGCAAUGCAGUCAGUUUUCCUCUCUUAGUUUACCUCUUCUGGGCAGAGCCUUAAUCUUCCAACCAUCUCUGGAAUGACAGCCUAACCUAGGGCCAGGUGGCCCGGUGCCUUCAACUUUCAGCACAACCAAGGCAUUGGAGAGGCCUGUACCACCCUCAGCUGCCCAGAGAUGCCCACGAAUCACAAGGAUGCCACGGGCCCACAGUGUCUGCCCUGCUCUUCUUUUGCUGUGUGGGUUCAGGCCAUUUGUCUCUCAGACCUCUACAGCUGGGAGGAAAGAGAAGUCGGAGAGCUAACAGUCAACACCAGCCACCAUCACCACCGCAGCGGCCAGGAAAGCUGAGAGAGAAGAUUCCUGAGCUGGGUCUGGAAGGAGGAGCAGGAGCUGGUUCAGGAAUCUAGGGUUUGGCCAGAGCUGGGUAAAGGCUCAGCGGAGUGGGUGGGAGUUGUCCACCCACUAUCCCUCACAGACUGGAGAUCACCUGGCCCUUUUAUCCUCAAGCCUGGCACUUGCUGAGAUGCCCAUACAGUAUUGUUAAAGGCCCCUGAUGCUUGCCUUGCCCCACAGAAAGUUGUCUUCCAUUCACUCCCUAGGCUUCAUAGACUGUUCCUAACAGAAAAAGGGACCAUAAGUGUCCAUCCAUCUGUCUACCCAACCAAAAGACACCAGGCCUCCCUUUUUCAUCUUGGCCCAUAUAACUCCUCUGUUGUUCAGGAAGCCCACCAUGACCUAACCUACCAUACCAAACCACUGCUCUACCCAACCCUAUCUACUCCAUCUCUGCACAGCCUUCUCUCCUUCCUCCAACCAACUAGACAACACCUUUCGUGGGCCUUUGGUAUGGUACGGCAUAGUGUGGCAGUCACCUCCUUGCACAGCAGUCUCUGGGGCCAGGCACAGUAUUUUUCAUGUCCUUGUGGUUUGGCUGACAUCCCAGUGAAGGGCCUAUGUCUAAGGGAUGGGUGCCCUAGCCUCCUGCAACUGUGACACAUUCCCUUACUCUUCCAGUCAGCUUCUCCCCGACGUCAUGCCUUGCUCAGGCUGACGUGCAGCACUCUUACCUACACACCUUGCCAAUUGCCCACCAGGGGCUAGCAGUGGCCCCCCACAUAACCUCACAGUGGCGUAAGUACCCAGCUUGGUACAGAUGACUUCUGGAGCAUGUCGUCAGGCAGCUCUGUGUCCACUUCACAUAUGGACAGCAGACUCAGAAACAUUUAAUGACAGCAAGUUCAAGAUAACACGCUGAUAAACAUGAGAGAAAGGAUUUAAACCUAGGCCGUUUGGCUCUCCCUAAGGCUUUGCCUUUGGUUUUAUGGCCCCCUUCCCCAGCCAUAUUUACAAGAAAGCAGGAAGAUCUGCAUUUGAUGGAGUUAUUGCUGACUCUAAAAGUUAACGUUCAACCCUGGACAAUGGCUUUUCCUUGCAUGAGAGCUUCCUUCUCUAACCAGCUCUCAGGGCUGCACAUUUCCAAAUCCCUGCAAUGUCAUCUAGUCCUGACUUCUUGAAGAGCUGGUUUAUUAUCCUGUUGGGAGGAGACUUCUAGGGCUGGGAUGCCUUGCCUGUGGGGGAACGCCUCUCUCUGUCACUAUAAAUGUCUUCAGAGGCCAAAGAGAGGCCUUCUGUGUCAUCGCUCCCUCCCUAGCUGUGAGACUCCAGCUACUUCACUAUGAGACUUCUAGCCCUUUCCAGUCUGCUCUGCGUGCUGCUCCUCUGCUUCUCCAUUCUCUCCUCAGAAGGGAAAAGGCAUCCUGCCAAGACCACAAAACUCAGGUUUUGCUGUAACCUGGUCCCUAGAUCCAGACUGACAACCCAGAAAGGAAACUACACGAGGCACUGCAGACCAUGCGGAAGCAAGCCACCAUCCAAGUCAUGGGUGGUGCCUGGUGCUCUCCCACAGGUAUAGAGCUCCUGAAACUUGGCUCCACCCAAAUGAGACCUUCAAGCCCAGCUGUGGAGACACCAGAAGCUUUGACUUGCCCCCUGCCAACUUUCAUGGUGGCAGUGAGCUGUAAUACUGGGAUGCUUCACUUCAGACAUCCAGGAACAUUCCAGAAUUCCUUGACCUGGUUCCAACGGUGCCUCCAACCUUCAGAGUCACUAUGAAGCCCACAUGUCUUCAUGGCUCCUCGAGAGUGGAAGUCAAAGAUUCGUCCUGUGGGAGCUACAAUGCCAGAGAUUUCCAAGCUGGCCAGAGUGCAGAAUAGCAAGACCUCAGUGUGAUCAGCCAGGACUACAGCACCACGGGCAGUCACAGACAGCCUCAAAUUCCUAGCAUUUAACCAAUGGUCUCUGAACCAACUCCUGUAACUUCCUAAUUACGUCACCAGGAGAGCACCCAAAAUAAUAAAUAAUAAAUUGGCUAAA